UUAUAACUCUCAGGGAGGAGAUGCUGGGGCAGAACGGUUACAAAAAUCUAGGAUUCUGAAGAAGCUGCUUCCCGAUUCUGCUCUUCUUUUCUUCCCCUGCACUGAGCAAAAAAAAGACCAAGCAAGCCGACAACCCCACUUGGAAAAAAAUCGGAAAGCUUCCGGAUCUGCUCUGCUCUGCUCCUCACCGCCGGCUGCUCCUGCUUUGUGGGGGCGAAUUGCUUUGAUUUUUUGUGGAUUUCUUGAUUUUUCUCCCCAAAUUCCCGCCGGCUUCUUCCCCUGCCAGGUCCGGCCUUGCUUGCUGGAAAAUUCUGGUUCCCGAUUGUUCUAUCAGUUAGCACUGAGAUCGAGUCUUCGGUUUUAUGCGAGUGAGGAAGCGAAGUCAAGGAUGGGGAAAAACCAUGGGAAGUGACGAGUUAGAAGGCUAGCCAUUUCGAGAUUGAUAUAGAUUUUAGAAAUAAAUCAUGAUCUUGUAAACUCGACUUUAUUGGAGAUUUAUGAUAUUAGAGUAAAUUAUAAAAUUUGAUCUUCAGUUUUUGAUGGUAUCAGGUUGUGGUAUGAUAAGUUCCGAGCCUCGUGCAUUUGUGGGACCCUCUCACGAGUACACGGCGUCUGCCACGUCCCCGGAUUCAGGUUCUGGGGCGUGACACUGCUCAAAGAGCAGGAUGCUGCUGGAAGAAUAUGCGGAGCAGUUUGCUCUUCUCCAGCAGUCCUGCAUAAACAUGGUGUCCUAAAGGAGAAGAGAGCUUCUGCACAUCCAUCUGCCGCAAGCAAGCUCACCAACGUAGUGGAUGAUGCAAACUUAGUUGUUGAUGGUAAACUAAUUACAAGCAGGGGGCUUGGUACCAUAACAGAUUUUGCAUUGGCUAUUGUAAGCAAACUUUUUGGUGAUGCAAGGGCAAGAAGUGUUGC